AGAAGCCAAAUGAAGCUGGGAAGCAGAAACGUCAGGGCUAUGGCCAUCGGCCAACCGCACGCGCUCGGGUGAGCGGGAAGACACCGACAUGAACGCCUCCGGUGAGCUCGUUCUUCUAUAAAUACCGUAGCUCGCCUUCCGUUCUCUGCAUCCAGAACACAGAGUUGAUCGAUAAGGCGCCAUGGCUUCCACGAACACCAUGUCCUCCUUCGUGCUCGUCCUGGCGUUGCUGCUCUCAUGCGGUGGCAUGAGCAACGCGGCGCGGCGGAUGCAGGAGCUCCCGAAGCCUGACCUGCCGCCUCUUCCCAAGCCUGAAGAACCGAAGCCUGAGCCCUUGCCGGUGCCGCCGCAGCCCCUGCCGAACCCUGAGCCGCUGCCGGUGCCACCACAGCCCCUACCGAAUCCUGAGCCCCUGCCAAACCCUGAGCCGCUGCCGGUGCCACCGCAGCCCCUGCCCAAACCCGAGCCGCUGCCGGUGCCACCGCAGCCCCUGCCGAAGCCGGAGCCCCUGCCGGUGCCACCGCAGCCCCUGCCCAAACCCGAGCCGCUGCCGGUGCCACCGCAGCCCCUGCCGAAGCCGGAGCCACUGCCGGUGCCACCGCAGCCCCUACCUAAACCCGAGCCGCUGCCGGUGCCACCACAGCCCCUGCCGAAGCCGGAGCCACUGCCGGUGCCACCGCAGCCCCUGCCGAAGCCAGAACCGUUGCCGGUGCCACCGCAGCCCCUACCUAAACCCGAGCCACUGCCGGUGCCACCACAACCCCUGCCGAAGCCGGAGCCCCUGCCGGUGCCACCACAGCCUCUGCCCAAACCUGAGCCACUGCCACUGCCACCGCAGCCCCUGCCGAAGCCGGAGCCGUUGCCGAUGCCACCACAGCCCCUGCCGAAGCCGGAGCCACUGCCGGUGCCACCGCAACCCCUGCCCAAGCCUGAGCCGCUUCCUGUACCACCACAACCUCUGCCCAAGCCCGAGCCAUUGCCGGUGCCACCACAACCCCUGCCGAAGCCGGAGCCAUUGCCGGUGCCACCACAGCCCCUGCCCCAACCCGAACUCCCGAAGCCGGAGCUGCCACCUCCGGUGCUGGCUGGUGAGCUUCCACCAAAGCCGGAGGUAGUGCCAACGAAGCCGGAGGUGGUCCCGCUACAGCCAUGAUCGAUGAGCUACCAUGAUAACUCUAGGGGCGCAUAUUAUUGAAACAGCGCUCUAGACAUUAUUUUCUAUUGUAAUUUGCUCAUUCGUGUGACACACAUGCAUGCGUGCUGGGUAAUUGACGAUAUUGUAUAGCUAGCAUAUCAGAUUUGGAGCGUGAGCGAUGUAUGUGCAUCGCCAUGCCAUCUAAUCCGGCCGUGACUGUGAUCUCUGUGUGUUCUGGCCGAGAUCCAUGUGUAUAAAUAAAUGGAUUCGUUUGUAUAUCUACGUAUUUCUGUCAAACCAUUCAUAUCGAGUUCGACCC